CCUGUCGUGUCCAUGUAUAACCUUAUAAAUAAACAAAUCAAAAGCUAUCCUUUUUUUGCCCAUCAAAAGCUCCCACUUUCUUCUCUCAUUCAUAAGAAACAUUACUUUUACUUUCACAUCAUCCUCUUUAUUUCUCUCUCUCACCAUCUAAAAUAUUUUAACUCCUUAAAUUUUUCUGUUUUACUCUUUUUAAGGAUCUAAUUAGCUUGUCAUCACUCUUCAACAAAUGUCUCAGAUUCCCUCUGCAGCUUAACAUUCUCAAUCCAAGCUUUUUUUUUUGCAUCAACUAUGGAGUUCCAAUAUCAAGAGGAAUAUAUAAAGAAUUCAAGAGGAGUGAAGCUGUUCACUUGCAGAUGGUUGCCUGCUUCAUCUUCUCCAAAAGCUCUUGUUUUUCUCUGCCAUGGGUAUGGCAUGGAGUGUAGUGGUUACAUGAGAGAAUGUGGAAUGAGGCUAGCAAGUGCAAAAUAUGCGGUGUUUGGUAUUGACUACGAAGGCCACGGAAAGUCGUCUGGUUCUCGUUGUUACAUCAAGAAGUUUGAAAAUAUUGUAAACGAUUGCAAUGAAUUUUUCAAAUCAGUUUGCUCGGAGAAAGAUUACAGAAACAAGGGGAGAUUUCUGUAUGGAGAGUCGAUGGGCGGAGCAGUGGCUCUGUUACUGCACAAGAAAGAACCAUCUUUCUACAACGGUGCUGUUCUUGUUGCUCCCAUGUGUAAGAUAUCAGAGAAGUUGAAACCACAUCCGGUGGUUGUUAACAUAUUGACUAGUUUUGAACAAAUUAUUCCAAAAUGGAAGAUCGUCCCAACUAAAGAUGUCAUUGAUUCUGCAUUUAAAGAUCCUGUUAAGCGAGAAGAGAUACGAAACAACAAGUUGAUAUACCAAGACAAGCCUCGGCUUAAAACAGCACUGGAGAUGCUCAGAGCUAGCAUGAGCCUCGAACGGACUUUGAACCAGGUGAGACUACCGUUCUUGGUGCUACACGGCGAUGCAGAUACAGUGACAGACCCGGAAAUAAGCAAGGCCUUAUAUAAGCAAGCAGGCAGUGCAGACAAAACGAUAAAACUGUACCCUGAGAUGUGGCACGCAUUGACUGCAGGAGAAACAGACAGGAAUGUUGGUACCGUUUUUGCAGAUAUCAUUUCUUGGCUCGACAAGCAUACCGAAGAUCUCGUCGCUGAUCCAAUUGUUGAACCAUUCAGCAAUGGCAUAGAGAAACUGGAAUGGCCUGAAACUGAAAAACAGUUUGAAAAGAAACAAUCGAAUGGUAGAUAUCUAUGCGGAUUCAAGGAACCACGCACGCUCCACUCGGCUAUGUAGCUGUGCGGUUUAUUCUACUUGUUGCAAAUCUUAAAUUAGUGUGUUGUAUAAAUGGAAAUGAAAUAAAAAAAAUCAGUUUCUGUGUUCAAUAACUGACAGUUUAUGUGUUUAUGUUAUUGUAAUCCAGAAAUUUAAAAUGUCUGACAAUUUUGAAAUAGUAAUAGUUAUAAGGAUUUAGUUAGCAA